GCAUCCGUACCUUGACUUCCAAUAAGCAGACAAGCAUUGGCAGCAGUGACGCCUGAAUCAGAGUCCCAUUUGUACAUCAUACUUUGGGAAGAGAGACCGAGACUGGCCUAAAUGGGCUUCCUGGGCUUUGGGUCAUCAUCGUCCACCUCAUCGGACUUAGCAUCCCGAUCGGCUAGUCCAGAGGGAGCAGUAACGACCUCGGAACCCAGAAGCAAUCCUCUGAAUCCUAAUAAUGUCAAACCUUGCUGUGCUUGCCCCGAGACCAAGGAGCAGAGGGAUAAAUGCUUCUUCAACAACUCUCCUGAAGAGGCUGGAGACAAGUGCAGAGCUUUAGUGGAAGCUCACAGAGCCUGCAUGGCUAGCUAUGGAUUCAAGGUCUAGUAAUCUAUGACAU